AAGCAAGCAGUGACCCAAGGUAUCAACUAUAAGUGUUUGUUUAUAUGGAGUACACCACACAAAGAAGAAUAUACCAUUUGGUUACAUUUGUGAUAUAAUAAACUCAUUAUCUAACUGUUUCGUUUCGUACUACACCAUCUCGAGUAUAAUAAUGAAUAAGAUUUGACUAGUGCAAUGAAUAUUCAAAAAAGUUAAUAAAUGCAUUAUAUAUACCUAACCUUGAGGUUUUUAUCACGCAGCUGCUGCUCAACAAGUAAUAUAGGGAAAUAUUCGCAAGGAAACAUUACGAUUACCAUAAUUACACUUUUAGCAUUGCAAAUUUCGUCCACACGAAAAUGUUCAAACAUUUUAGUUAAUUUUGAAUGUUUCAUUUACAUUAAAUAAUAUAUAUCAUUCCAUAGAAUAGUUGGGAAGUUUAAAAAUAAAGAAACAUAAUUCCACAGUAGGUAGCUAAGAUGUUCAGCUCCAUACAAGUAAAGCAAGAGUAUAACAGUAUAGAUGAUAAAAAUCAUGAAAGUAUGGUUACUGAGCAUGGUGAUGUCGAUUCUAGUGUUUUUGAAAAUCAAAAUGUUCAGUAUACAUAUCACCAUUUACCACAUUUUUGGGAUCAAGCAUUUCAAAUUCAAGGAAGUCAAUAUGCAAAGGAUUUUUCUCAUAAAAGUGAAGAAGAUAUGCCACAAAUGAAUACUCCUUUACCUGUAAAUUAUAAUUAUUUGAGCCAUAUGCAGCAACAACAACAUAUAAUUCAACAUUCACAUCAAAGUCCCUUUGUGAUUGAUCAACCUAGUAAUCAAUUAAUGCAUCAAUCAGAUCAUUCAAAUGUUAAGAGUGCUAAUGUAAACAUUACAGUUUCACCAUCUAUUUCUGAUAAUAAUUCUUUGGUUAAUUCUGCAUUCAUUGGGACUCACUCUAAUAAUUCUGAGAGACCAUCAAAGUCCACAGAUAGUAUAAUUCCUGGAAGGAAAGUAAAAUGUAAAUGUGAAAUUUGUUUCAAAGAGUUUGGCCAUAAAAGUAAUCUUUUUAUUCAUAUGAGGACUCACAAUGGUGAACGACCAUAUAAAUGCAAAGAAUGUAGUAAGUGUUUUACACAUAGUGGUAAUUUAGCCAUUCACAUGAGGACGCAUUCUGGUGAACGUCCAUAUGCUUGCCAAGUGUGUGGUAAAAUGUUCAGUCACAGUGGAAAUUUAUCUACUCACUUGCGUACUCACUCUGGUGUUAAACCUUAUAAAUGUAGCGUUUGCUAUAAAGAAUUUCGUCACAGUGGUAAUCUUUCUAUACAUGAAAGAAUUCAUUCAGGAAUCAAACCAUUCCAAUGUUCUGUUUGUGGUAAAGAAUUUUAUCAUAGUGGGAAUUUAACUACUCACAUGAAAAAACAUCGUAUCAUUGAUUCUCCUGAUCAAUGUGAAAGUAAUAUUCUUCCUGAAUUAAACACAGCUUAUGUCAGCAAUGAUGUCAAUUCAACUAAUAAAACUAAUAGGAUUCAAGAUUCAAAUUCAAUUGAUAUAAAUAGUACAUCGCAAAAUUUUAGCAAAGUCGAAAUAUUAGAGCAGCCAAAUAAAGAAUUAUUGGCAAGCUAAUGGUGUAAUCUUAUCUCUUUAACUUGUUCAUUUGUUAAAAUUUCCAAUAUUGGUUAGUACAUGCAUUCCUUGAUAAGAAUUUGCUAGGACUAUGUUAUUUCAACAAAAAAAUAUUUUAAUGAAAUUUUUUACUCAUAAGACAAGUUUUUUUAUUAACCAAAGAAAUAUUGAUUAUAAUACGUCAAUUAUUACUAACGUAUUUUAUAUUAAUUUCUAGUUUAUAAAAUACUUUUUGUAUUUACACUAAUUAUGCCAAUUACUUAUCUGAAAAGUAUAUAAUUUUAUAAUAAACAGUGGUGGUUUAUCAAAAAUCAAUUCUAUUCAAAUAUAUGAAUAGUUAGGAGUUUUGUACUCUUGUAUUGUGAUAUUUAUGAAUUUAAGUCACAAUCAAAUCCAUGAAGUAAUACACAAUAAUUCAUGUAAAAAAUGUAUAAUAAUUUAUACUCUUCAGCAUUUUAACAUUUUAGAUGUCAACCACUUGAACCUUUGUAUGAUCAAUGUCAUUCAUUAUAAAUAUAAAAUACAAUUCUUUUUAUAUGCAUAUUUCAUAGUAUACCUAUUACUAUUAUUAAGAUUAUUACUCUUACUAUAAUUUACUGUUAAAAUUAUGUUCUAUAUGUUAAUGUGAUGUCUUAAAUAU